AUGGACAAAAAGCAACAUUCAAAAUCAACUGCUAGUGGAUCUUCUUCAUCGUCCACAACAAAUAAACCAAAGAAAAUAUCAUCAUCAACAACAGCAGCAUCAGUGUCAACGAUGGGCAGAAGUGCUGCGCUUCCCCAACCUGCUCGUCGAAUUAUUCAGAAUUUUCUUCUCGUCUGGCUCGAUGCCAAUAUUGACGAGUCAAAGGAAGAUUUUCAAAACACAUUAAAACAAUUACGACGAAUUGUAGCAUCCAUUACAACAUUCACCGAUUCUCAACAAUGUUUCGAUUAUCUUAGAGGCAUUACUAAGGAAAAAGUAUUUAUGAUCGUAUCGGGUUCACUUGGACAGAAAAUAGCACCAGAAAUGGAAGCCAUACCACAAUUAGAAACCGUGUAUGUUUUUUGUAGUAAUCAAUCGUACCACAAACAAUGGGCCUAUAAGAUACCGAAGAUCAAAGGCGUAUACACAAAAAUCGAACCAAUUUGUGAAGCUCUAGAAAUUGAUCGACAACGAUGUGAUCAAGCUACGAUCUCGGUUAGUUUUAAUGGUCUCGAUCCUCUGUUCAUGUAUACACAAUUGUUAAAGGAAGCACUAUUAGAAAUCGAAGAUGACGAUAGAAAAUCUAUCAAAGAUCUUGUUACAUACUGUCGUGAACAAGAAGAUAUAUCUGAAGAUCAAAUUAAACUAAUCGAACGUGAAUAUCGUGGUCUUCGACAAAUGGAUGUCGAUAUUAUUCUUAAAAUGGGUUUUUUCAUCCGCCAUCUACAUCAACAUAUUGCAGACUUACAUCGUGAACAGCAAAACAGCAAAGCGGCCAUGCCAUCAAAAUUUCAAGUUUUUCGUGGUCAAGGCUUAUCCAUGAAAGCCUUUGAAAAAAUGAAGAAAACCAAAGGUGGACUUAUGUCGUUUAAUAAUUUCUUAUCGACCAGUCGUAAUUGUGAUAUUUCCUUCAAAAACUUUGCACGACCGGCAGCAUUCGAUGCAGAUUCAGUUGGCAUCCUCUUCAUUAUGAACAUCGAUACGGUUAUUUGCACAGCUUCAUCAACACCUUUUGUCAAUGUCAAAGGAGUUGGCUUUUAUGACGACAAAGAAGAAGAAAUUCUUUUUUCGACACAUACAAUUUUUCGCAUCGAUCGUAUAGAACGUAUUGAAGAUAAGCAUGCAGAUCGUCUCUGGCAAGUCAAUCUCACCCUCGCUGGUAAUCAAGAUGAUGAUUUUAACAAGCUUACAGCACAUUUACGCGAAGAAUUUACAUGGACCACAGGAUGGUCUCGAUUUGGCGAUAUACUCAUUAGUGUGGGUAAGUUUGAAAAAGCAGGACAUCUCUAUGAAUUACUCCUUGAAAAAGCCUCUUCUGACGAAGAAAGAUCGGAAUACUAUUUUCAACUUGCCAGGGUGUAUGAAGAUAUGGGCGAAAAUUCGAAAGCUCUUAAAUAUUACGAAAAAGAUCUUGAAUUUGAACAAAAAAUCCUUCCUCCGAAUCAUCCCAACUUGGCUACUACUUACAAUCAGAUCGGUUUGGUGUAUGAUAACAUGGGCGAGUACUCGAAAGCACUUUCAUCGUAUGAACGAUCACUUGAAAUCCGAAAAAUAGCUCGCCCUCCGAAUCAUCCAGAUUUGGCUACUUCCUACAACAACAUCGGACCUGGUCAGAAAUCAUCGAUUUUUCCUCACGCUGGAAACCCUUUAAAAUGA